AUGUGGGCGAUGCAGUUACCGGCACUGCUGGCCGCGGCAGCGGUGAUGCUGAUGGCGGCGGUGGAAGAUGGCGGCAGAGCAGAGGCGGCGAUCGGGCUGCAGCAGCCGUUGAAGCUCAAGUACCAGUACUACAGGAGGUACACGAGUUGCAGGUACGCGGAGGAGUUCGUGAGGCACCAAGUGACUCUGUACUGGAACAGAGACAAAACCAUCACCGCCAAGCUCCUCCGCUUGCUCUACUCCGACUGCUUCGUCACCGGGUGUGAUGCGUCGAUACUACUGGACGGGCCAGAGUCGGAGAAGAUGGCUCCACAGAACGCGAGGCUGGGUGGGUUCGAGCUCAUCGACAAGAUCAAGACCGUGAUGGAGAGUCGAUGCCCUGGCGUCGUCUCCUGUGCCGAUAUCCUUAACCUCGCCACCAGAGACGCUGUUCAUUUAGCAGGGGGGCCAUCGUAUCCGUUGUUUACAGGGCGAAGGGAUGGAAUGACAUCAAGGGCAUCGACGGUGGAUCUCCCCUCGGCUUCCAUCUCGAGCAAAGCUGCGUUGGCAUACUUCGAAUCCAAAACCUUGGAUGUUCUUGACAUGGCCACCCUGUUAGGUGCACAUGCGAUUGGAACGACUGAUUGCAGCAACGUGGUCGACCGGCUCUACAACUUCAACAACACCGGGAAGCCGGACCCAACCAUGAGCAAAGAAUUCGCUGACCAACUGCGGAAGACCUGCCCUCCUCCGAAUAACUCGAAGGGACAACAAGCUAAGGUCCCCUGGGUUUAUCUAAACCCGGAUUCAGGACCCAGCUACCAGCUGGGGAACUCGUACUACAAGAGGGCACUGGCUUACCAGUCCGUGCUUGGAGUCGACCAGCAGCUGCUCUACAGCAAUGAUACCCGAGAGCUCACCGGGGAGUACGGUGACGAGUACCCUUGGAAGAAUGGCUUUGAAGGCUGGCGGAGGUCCCUCGCCCUCUCCAUGAACAGGAUGGGGAACAUCAAUGUGUUGACCGGGAAUUCAACAGGGGAGAUUCGUAGGAGCUGCCGGUACACGAACCAAAGAGGCUAAAAGUUUCGACACAACACGAGAUGCUGGAUGGAUAAACAAAGUUGUAUUGCAAUAUAAAUGUGUUUCGAUUCUUCUGUC